CUUUGGCACAUGCACAGUUAAGACGUUCUUACGAUCAUUUCCGAACUGGUCAUUCCGUCUUCCGACCGCAUCAAAAUCAUCUUAAAAUUCAUUUUAAAAAUUAUGACGUUGGCAACCAAUUUUGUAGUUUACAAAUGAUGUUCUUUUGAGCGUGAAAUAUAUCGAGGUCUGUUUCCUAGAAGUGGAAUUAUUGCGGAUAUUGCGAAAUGCAAGUCGGACACAAAAUACCGUCGGACAAAGCUAACUCGAACGUCGACCGCUCGUUGAGUCGCUGUUGUUUAACGAUUGGAGAAUUAUUUAUACUAUAAAUGCCUAUCGCAACAAACAUUCUAAAAAUUCCGACUAUUGUCAGCACAUAUGACGACAACUUUACUCGCUACCUUAAAUUUUAAACACGAACAUGUAGAGUUGGAGCGAAAUUGAAAUAGUCACCGCAUUUACUGUCUGUACUCGAAGGGAAAUGAAUAUGAAUACAGGUGUGCAACUUCCAUUGUCUGCUUUGCGCCUCCUGGUCUCACCAGUUAAGAUCGUCUCUGCUGCAAUCUGGCAAAUCAUCGAGCAUCGAGUUGUGGCUGAUUAUGGCAUGCUCGAGGAUUUUGUUUCCAUGGUGACAGACGUUGUGCCAGAGUUGAUGACCAAAUGUCAGCGGACCCAACUCGUCCUGGGCCUCAGAGCACAGCUGAUCCUGGAGUUAUGUCGUUUCGAAGGUGAGGCUCAUUCCAGUGACGUAGAGCAACACCUGGAUAGGAUGAACACCCUUGUCAAGACCUGUGCCGUAAACGACCAUGUUAAUCCAUGCUCAAGUUUUGUGGAUUUUGUGAAACACUUGCUGAACAAUCCUGCUGAGAAGGAACACUUUUUCACUGAGGUUUUUCCCAAGGAGUUUGGCCCAUCAUACGAUAAGGCUCUUAAGUCCCUGAUGGAGCUCUUUCUUUCCAGACUUGAGACAUUUCUCCCUGGGCAAACCUUCCAACAGGUUUCCACCACGUGUGGUGAGGUGUCCUCUGUUCUGAGCGACUGCUUGAAGACCAUGCGGAGCUGUGAUGCGCUCAGAAAUCUGCUUCAGUAUCACAAGUCCCACAACCUUCUUGGACACAAUGGCAAGUCUUUUACAGUUUCCUUGAUUUGAUUAAAUUUUGCAAUUUGGGAACAGCUUCUCCCAACCACUGAGGCACGUGGUGACCUAUUUUCAGCUUGAUGUUACCAGAUGCAGUUUAUUGUCUUUGUAAAGGGUUAUACUAUACAUUUUCAGGGUGAAUAUACACCAGAUGUUUUGUGUGCUGACCUUCUAAUCGAAUAAUAAAUUGAGCACCAACAUUUUAUAAUUUUGUCCCUUGACAGAUAUUUACCCGGAUGACAUCUCCAUCUUGUCUGCUCUCAAGUGUGCUGCAGUCAACGCUAAAACAACCACCGAAGGGAAUCAGGGCGUGGUAGCGCUCGAUGAAGCUCCUGGAAUGGUUGAGUGUGCUUCUAAAGAAAUCCCAAAUAAUGAAGAAAAUAUCGAAAGUCAAAUGAGAAUGGAAAGCUGCGUUGAAGGGAAAACACUUGAUGGGUCUUUACAGUCUGGACCAUGGACGAAAAUGAUGUUGGCGGAAGAGAACAAAGUUGGGCUCGGCGGUAAAGAGAAGCUCCCGGUUAAGGAAUCUGUUUCCAGUCUGAUGAAAACAUCGAUUGCGAUACCUUCGGAUUACUCUGACAUCGAAGACAAUGGAAGCGGAGCAUCUUCCUGGUCUUUCUACUCGGAUGAGGACUCUAGCGGUAGUCCAAGUCCGUGGUCCGGAUGCUCUGGUGAGGAUGUGACCUCUGUCGGGUCAUCUCCCAAUGUCUUAAAUAAGGUCACUCCCGUCAGAAAUGAAGACAAACUAUCAGCGGCUUGCAGCACGAAGCGUCUCGCCAGCCAAAACAACGCUCCUCCAAAAAAGCCCCGUCAAGUCAAGUGCUUCAUCUGCAACGAGCAAGUGAGCCCCGAUCUGAAAACUCACUUGAGAACCCACUUUCCAGACGGUCAAUACACCUGCCCGCAAUGCAACAGCAGGUUUAAACUCUUUUCAUCUCUGAAGACGCAUUUGGUCAAAAAAUGCUACGAGCACGCUCAUCAGGGGGCGGAACCCGGGCCGAAUGAGGAUCUUUAUAAAUGCGACGACUGCGAAAAGGCCUUCAAGUAUAGCCGGUCACUGCAGGCCCACAAACAGACCCAUGCCGAACUCUACUGCGCCGUGUGCAGGAAAAUCUUGAAGGACGCCGCGUCGUUGGAACGACAUAAGGCCUCCCACACCGAGUUUCGGUGUACUCGCUGCGAGCAGACCUUCACUCUUUUCAAGCCCUUGCGCAGACAUUAUGAAUAUUUCCACAAGAUUAGCAGACCCUUUAAGUGCCUCUGCUGCUCCAAAACAUUCUCCAGGCUUGAGCAUUUAAUCAGACACGAAUGGAGGGACACCAAUCAGCUGCCGUUAAAGUGCAAUAUUUGCGGCAUGGGAUUUCGAAGCGAUUACGAUCUGGUUUCGCAUCAAAGGGUUCACACAAAAGAGAAACCCUACCUCUGCGGAGAGUGUGGCAAAACCUUCUCCCAGAAGCCCAAUCUGCUGCGGCACCAUCGCUUCAUCCACAGCGAGCAGAAAGACGAAAAGAAAUACUUUUGCGCCGAGUGUCAGACGUCCUUUAAGGAGAAAGGGGCUCUGCUACAGCACCAGAAACGCAAACACCUCGACAAAGUCAUCGGCCGCCGUCUGUGCCCGUACUGCGGGAAGUCAUUCUCGGCGUCAUCCAUCGCUCGGCAUAAGAUGAUCCACACCGGAGAGCGACCGUUAAAAUGCAACGCUCCCGAUUGCGACAAGACCUUCUUGACGGCCACCGAGCGGAAGAAGCACUUUCUCAUGCACCACUCGACCGAACGACCGUUCAAAUGUGAUAUUUGCGGAAAGGGCUUCAUCACAGUCGGGAUACGGAACGAGCACGUGAAGUUACAUUCAGGCAAGAAGCCGUUUGUAUGCGAGAUUUGCAUCAAGGGUUUCUCAAAGCGCCACGCCUUGAAUAGACACAAGAAACUUGUGCAUUUUGUUCUAAGUUAGGACCCCCUUCCAUUUACGAGUUGUGGUCCUUGCGUACCCAAAUUUGAACACAAGUCGAGACGUGUCGUAGUCUUGUCACUAACGCGGGGAUGCUAAAAGCUAAUUAAUGACUCCAAAGGGCUAUUCUUCUUCAGUCGAAUCUAGUUAUAAUUCAUCCAUCGAAAAAAUGGGUCUGAAGGUGACAGAGACAAAUUUAACCGUUUUAGGGACAGCUUUUAUCAUGUUAGCGGGUGACGGGGUGCAUUUUUGGCUGAAGUUAUUGAACAACAAUUUUGCAUCAGUAUUUGUGAGAUAAAGGUGUGGUGUUAAUGAAUUUGCCAGUUUCAUUUGCUUUUUUUCUCUCUCUCUCUCAUACAUUGUAUAUUAUACUGAAAACACCGUCGCUAAACAAAUAACAUUUCGGUUUGGAUGCAAUGAGCUUUGUUUCUUCCAUAUGUAAACCUUUUUUUCUGAUAUUUCUCUUCAGUUUGGAUUCAGAUACAACGACCGGUGUACAGAAAACUGAGUACCUGUUCACAAAAUGGCCGACAAGCGCACACCUAUAUGCAGCGUUUGAUGUUGUUGGAUACCUGGUUGCUGAUGCCUUUGUCACUUGAUUUGAGAAUAUUUGGCCAUGAACAACACGGGGUAGGACUAGAUAAGUUUUUUUUACUUCUUCCUACUCCCUUGAACAUAAUAACUGUGUUGAAUGAUGACUGAUUUUCCUUUUUACUAUUUUACUUACUACUACCUUACUUUGUCAAAUUAUUACAGUAUGUUUUAUUUUCAAUAAACAAACGAAACAAAUUAGCAAUGCACCAUGUUCUUUUUUUUCCAAUGUAAAAAACAAGGCUUCCAUCUUUUGCAGAGCUGUUCAUUUUCUUGACUCA